AUGAAUGACUCCUCACCGAAAACGACUUUUUUUCUGAAUUCCGUUUCAUCAGCACCAAGACGUCCACAGAAGCUCGGAAGUGUUCAAAGCAUAGUUCGCGACGAAUCGGACAAAAAUGCACCGCCUCCAUUUGAAGAAAUCUUUCUGAGUGAUGAUGAGGAAACACCGUCUCAAGCUAAAGUUGUGAGAUGUCAGACUUGUUCAAAAGAUAUCACACAAUGGAUGAAUUCUCGGCGAGACAUCCAUAAAAAAGUGUGCAAGCAAAAACAGCUUGCAAAGGAAACCGAAAAAAGAACUCAGCGAAAAUCGAAAACUCUCACAGAAACUAUAGAAAAAUAUGAUCAAGUAAUCGAAAAACCUUUCUUGGAACCAGAAGAACCUCCAAAGUCUUGGGAAUUAUCGAAGAAUAAUGUCAAAUUCGCCCGGAUCACUGCCGACGACGAGGAAAAUCGAAGACGGAAGCGUCCACGGUCGUUUGCAGUUGUUGAAUUGGCUCCGAAGAAAUGCCAGUGUGAAGUUCUGACCACUUUGCAUUCCCGAUUCGUAGAUGAAUUCCAUUCUAAAUCACUGAACAUUGUCAAUAAAAAAGAGAAAGGAGUUACUGAGCAUGCUUUUCAAAUGAAGAUAAUUAUUGGAAAGGCAAGCUUUUCCGAAUUCCGAUUGUCUCGCUUCGAACAACUCUCAUCAGAUUUGCAGAAAACCCUAGAUGACACAUCUACUCCAACGUUUCCAAUGAUUUCUAUCAAUUCUUCUGAUGGACAUAAUCUCAGAUGUCAUUCAUUAAUUUUGAAACACAGAACUUCCCUUUUAAAAAUACAUCCAAGAAGUGAAAACAUCGAAAUUGCACAACCCAGAGAUGUUUUGAAAACCUGGUUGACAUUUGUAUUCACAGCUAAUAUUGAGUGGAGCAAAGAGGAAAAGGAAGGUGUCAAGGAGUUGGCAAUGAAGUAUGGACCUGUUGGAUUGGAGAACUUGUUAAAAGAAGAAAAAGAUAAAGAAGAGGAAGCAACUGUAAUUGAAGAAAAAGCGCAUGUGAAUAUUGAACUGAAAUCGUCCUCCAACAAUCAAAAAACCACUGAUGAACCUUUGGAGGAAGAUAAAGAAGAGGAAAAUAUUGUGCCAGAAGAAGAUCUGAUUGUAGAGGAGAGCGUAACAAUGGAGCAUGUUGUUGAGCCUAUAGAUUUCUAUGAGACGGAUAAUCCACUAAUUGGAUUCGGAGAAGACAAUGAUUAUGAAGAAGAACCUAUUCAUGAUGCCGAUAUUAUUCUCGACGAUCCUCCCAAUUCAACUGCACAUUCUACUCUACAAAAAUCGAGAGAUAAUUUAACAAUGGAUUCUUUUGAUGAAUGGAGUAAUCAGCCAAACAAUAUUCAAAGUACUUCUUCUCCUCCGAUCACUGUAGUCACACCCGUCCGAAACGCACCGAAACCAAUUUUCGGAUCGCAUAUAAAAAUACUUAAAACGAAUGAUAUAACACCCAUGCCACAGUUUGAUGUCAUGGAUGAGUCCGAGUUGAAGGAACGAAUGAAAGAGAUAGGAAUGCGUCCCAAAGGAAAGAAGGCAAUGAUUCAGAUUUUGAAAAGAGCAUAUACUACAUUACAUCCUGAAGUAUGUGUUGGGACGCCAACCCUUCGGCCGUUAAUUAGAGAUGAAUCAUUGGAAAACGUUGUUGGAAAACAGUCGAAAAAACUUCCGAAAAGAAAAUCUCUAAAUGAGAGAAUAGAAGGUUCACCAAAGAAGAAAAACUCCCCAACGAAACAAAAAGCGUCUACUGUAAGUGAUAUCUGCAAUGAUGUAGGAGAAGACGAUGUUGAUAGUCAAGCGGAUAAAACUUUGAAUAUUUCGAAUGAUGAGCAUGAAUUUGCAAAAGUUUAUUCGGAUAACAUUGGAGAAGAGGAAGAUGACGACGAGGAUUCUGUUGCAACUAGUAGCAGUGAUAAACCAACGGAUCCGAAUAAUUUGAAAAAAUUGUUUUUGAACUGGCUCCGAGAUGAACAGAAUUCUGUACUCUACGAACACAUCCUCUCACUUCAGCCUGUCUCAUUGGAAGAAAUGCUAGUUCGUCUCGAGAAAUCUGAAGGUCCUCUUGGUAGAAUCGGCAAAGGAAAACUUGUGAAGAUUCUGGAGAACUUGAGAAUAACAUAUCAGCUCCCACAGAAACCAGGGCGAGCCCGUGCUGGAGGAUUCAAGCGACGUUUGUAG